AUGAAUAAUCUAAAAGGCCUUCUAAGAAUUCGGAUUAAACGAGGUGUUAAUCUCGCUGUUCGUGAUAUCAAUACGAGCGAUCCAUAUAUUGUGGUUAGGAUGGGAAAACAGGAAGUGUAUGACCAUGACUUUUUUAGCACGGACGAUAAGAUGGGAGACUCAGAAUUUUACAUACUACCGUUUUUAGAGGGUCUAAAGAUGAACCUAAAGAGCGUACCCAGUGGGACUGUUAUAACCCAGAUAAAACCAAGCAAGUCAAAUUGCCUCACAGAAGAGAGCAUCAUUACGUGGAGAAAUAAUGCAGUAGUUCAAGAUUUGCGUCUGAGAUUGAGAAAUGUAGAAUGUGGUGAAAUCGAAAUCGAGCUUCAUUGGAUUGAUGUUCCAGGUUGCAAUUUGGUUUAG